AUGAGUUGCAAUCCUAAGCCCGUUGUGUCAGAAUAUUGCGAUGUUCUUGACCGCAGACGAGCUUAUAAGCAGCAUUGUAAUCAUUUGAACGAAAUUUGCGGCUCAAUUGAUACUUCUCCGCCCAUUGUUGCACCAAGAAUUGUUGCUCAUGAGAAAAAGAGAGAAGCUGAAAUGAAAAAAACACUUGCACAAGAUGCACAUAAUCUAGCUUUAAUCAAAGGAUUGCAUGAAUCGUCAUCUUUAACAAAUACAUCAAGAAGAUAUAAACAUAUUCCUGAUUGGGUCGAACAAUUAGGAGCACCUGACGAAUUAGUACUUAAUUCACGUCCAGAAUCACAAACAAACUCGCGCGCAUCUACAGCUUCGAAUUCUUCUGUCAGAAGAAAACGCAAAAUCAUUGUUGACGAUGGAUUUAUGGUCGAAGACUCAGCUAUAUCUGCUGCAAAUUCGAAUUACGAUAGUGAUAGCCAAAGACCUAUUAAAACUUCAUAUGGAGCACGCAAGAAAGUUGAUUCUAUAACACGCCCACAACAACCAAAGGCGCCAAUUAAAGCAACAAGAAAGCCAGCAGCAGCUCAAAAGCAGAAUUUACCAAAGUUACGAGUCAAUUCGAAGCCGAAAGAGACUUUUCCAACUCAAAAGCCAACAAGCUACUUAAUUCAAAUUAAAUCACAUAAAGCAAGUACACCAAGCUCGGCAAGCUCAACACAAUCGCAAAAUACAAAUCAUUCGCAAAAUGAUGAUGCAAAGUCUCAAAAUCUCGAGACAGAUGUUUCAUUUAGUUUCGAAUUUAGCAACAUCGAGCCUACUGACAAAGACUUAUUAGCUGAUGAAGAACUCAGCGAAAUAAAUCUCACAAAAAGUGAGCAAAAUUCUGAUGAUGAUCUCAAUAUACAGGAUUCCGUUAAAGAAAUUAGCGGAAGCGAUGAUGAAAUCAAAGUCAACAAGCAACAAAAUCCUGAAAAUGACGAUCAAAAUAUUUCUACUGAAAAGGAUCUGAAGCCUUUGAGCAGUGCUAUUAAGGAUAACCUUGAUAAUCUUGAUGAUAACGACUCGAAUAAAGAAGAAAAAGAAGAAUCAGAAAAUAACGUACAUAAUGAUUCCGAAGAAAAAGGCUUAGAUCAAAAAGGCAGCAAGAAUGAAGAGGAAGAACAACAAAACAAUGAAGAAAAAGAAAAUUCCGCCGAGAAUAAUUCUGAAGUUUCUGAUUACGGGCUUGAUCAGGAAGAAUUAAAUUCAUUUGUUGAUUCUCAGAAGAAGGACAUCCUAAACAAUGCUAUUUCAGCAGCUGUUUCAAACUCAUUAUCCAAUGGUCCAGAAGAAAAUCCUCAAGAAGAGGAAAAUAAGGACGAAAAUAACGAAAACGAUGAAAAUAAAGAAGAAAAUCCAGUAGAAAAUAAAGAAUUAGAAGAUACAGAGAAAGAAAAAGAACCAGAGGUAAAUGAAAAGGAGUUAGAUGCAACAAAUGACGCUGAUACUAAAUUAUUUGAUGAAAUUAAAGAUAAAAUUGAUGAUUCUGAAAAAAUUGAUGAUCAAAAAGAACCAGAACAGGAAAAGGAAAUCGAAAAUAAAGAAAACAAGCCUGAAGAAGAAGAAAAACAUGAAGAAAAGCCGGAAGAAAAUAAUAUAACCGAAGAAGAAGAUAAAAAAGAGGAAGAAAAGCCACAACCUGAAGAAAGCAAUGACAACAGAAAUGAAAUGGCUAAAGGCUUGGCUCGAGCUCUUCAUAUUGAAGAUAAUAAAGAUAUUGAACCGACAAAAGUUGAAGAAAAACCAAACGAAGACGAACAGAAAGACAGAAGCCUAUCAAUUACAGAUAAAAUUGGUGACAUCAUGAAAGAAAACGAAAUCAAAAAUAAUGAUGACGAAGAAAAACCGGAAGAAAACAAAGAAGAUAAGAAAGAAAGUGAGGAACAACCAAAAAUCUCCAUCUUUGCUGCGGUCUCAGAUGCUCUUGAGAAGAAAGAUGAAGAAAAACCGAAAUCCGAAGAGAAUCAAGAAAAUAAAGAAGAGAAAGAUGAAAAGAAAGACGAUGAAAAGCCAGAAAAUGACUUAUCCAUUGCAAAGGCUCUUGAAAAAACUCUUGAGAAACCAGAAGAAAAGAAAGAUGAAGAAGAAAAACCAAAAGAAGAAGAAAAAGAAACAAACACAGCAAAGAAAGAAGACGAGAAAGCAGGUCUUUCACUAUUCGGUGCAGUUAGUGAUGCUCUUGAACAUCCAUCAGAAACCGCAUCCCGCGAAUUCGAACCAUCCAAAUCAGAAGAAGCCAAAAAAGAAAAAGAAGAAGCAAAACCAGCUGAACAAUCAGAACAGAAAGAACCAGAAGAAGAAAAGAAAGACAAAGACAAAGAAAAUCAAGAAAAGCCAACUCUUUCACUCACAAGUGCAAUUGGUGCAGCACUUGUUCAUCAAACUGAUAAACCAGAAGAAACUCAACCAUCAGAAGAAGAAAAGAAAGAAGAAGAAGAAAAGAAAGAAGAAGAAGAAAAGAAAGAAGAAGAAGAAAAGAAAGAAGACGAAAAACCAAAGGCCGAAGAAGAAGAAAAGAAGGAAGAAAAACCUGAAGAAAAAGAAGAUGAUGAAAAGAAGGAAGAAGAAAAGCCAAAAGACAAAGAUCUUUCACUCUCAUCUGCUCUUGGUGCAGCUCUUCUUAAUAAGCAUGACGAAGAACCAGAUAAGCCUAAAGAAGAAGAGAAACCAACAGAAGAACCAAAGAAAGAAGAAGAUAAAGAAGUUAAGGAAGAAAAAGUAGAAGAUGAGAAGAAAGAAGAAAAGCCAAAGGACAAAGAUCUUUCUCUUUCUUCUGCACUUGGUGCUGCUCUUCUUAAUAAACAUGAUGAAGAACCAAAGAAAGAAGAAGUUCAGGAAGAGAAGCCAGCCGAAGAAGAAAAGAAAGAAGAGGAGCCAAAGAAGGAGGAAGAUGCAGAGAAACCAAAAGAUCUCUCACUUGCAUCAGCUCUUGGUGCUGCUCUUCUUGAUAAACACAAUGAAGAAGUCCCAGAAAAGAAGGAAACAGAAGAAGAGCCAAAGCAAGAAGAAGUUAAAGAAGAAAAACCUGAAGAAAAAGAAGAAGAAAAGCCAAAGGACAAAGAUCUUUCACUCUCUUCCGCACUUGGAGCUGCCCUUCUUAACAAACACGAAGAAGAACCCGAAAAACCUCAAGAAGAAAACAAAGAAGCAGAAGAACCAAAGAAGGAAGAAGAAGCUAAAGGUGAAAAACCUGAGGAGAAGAAAGAAGAAGAAAAGCCAAAAGAUCUUUCACUUUCAUCAGCUCUUGGCGCAGCUCUUCUUAAGAACCAUGAGGACGAACAAGAAAAGCCUAAAGAAGAAGAGAAGAAAGAAACAGAAGAAGAACCAAAGAAGGAAGAAGAGAAACCAAAUGAAGAAGAAAAGAAAGAGGAAGAAAAGCCAAAAGAUCUUUCAUUGGCUUCAGCACUUGGAGCAGCCCUUCUUGACAAGCACGAGGAAGAAAAGCCUAAGGAAGAAGAGAAACCAAAGAAUGAAGAAGAAGUUAAAGAAGAAAAACCAGCAGAAGAACCAAAGAAAGAGGAAGAAGAGAAACCAAAGAAUGAAGAAGAAGUUAAAGAAGAAAAACCAGCAGAAGAACCAAAGAAAGAGGAAGAAGAAAAACCAAAAGAAAACGACCUUUCUCUCUCGUCUGCACUUGGAGCAGCUCUUCUUAAGAAUAAGGAAGAUGAACAAGAGAAGCCUAAAGAAGAAGAAGAAAAGAAAGAAGCAGAACAAAGCCCAGAAGAGGAAGAUGCUAAGGAACCGCCUCCUUCAGAGGGGCAUGAAAAGAAAAUUUUAUUUCAAAAACCAGGGAAUCUUGGAGAAAUGCAAUCAAACGAACAAAAUGACAAUAAAACAAGAGAAUUUAACAAAAAAAUCGACGUACAUCAGCCCGAACAGGAACAUCAAGAAGGAGAUAGCGAGGAAAAGAAAUCAGAUCUUCAUGAUGCUGAUGAAGUAAAACCAAACGAUACUUCUCUUGCAUCAGCACUUGGAGCUGUUCUUCUCGACAAACACGAUGAAGAGAAACCAAAGGAAGAAGAAAAAGCUGAACCAGAAAAUCAAGACAAACAUAAAGAAGAAGAGAAAGCUGAACAAGAAAAGCCAAAAGAAGAGGAAAAUCCGAAGAAGGAAGACCUCUCACUUGCUGGAGCUCUUGGUGCAGCACUUCUUGACAAAGAAGAAGAAAAGAAAGAACCAGAACAAGCAGAAGAACAAAAAGAACUUCCACAACCAGAAGAACCCAAACAAGAAGAAGAAAAGCUACCAGAAGAAACUAAAAAGGACAAUGAAAAGCCAGAAAAUGACUUAUCCAUUGCAAAGGCUCUUGAAAAGACUCUUGAAAAGCCAGAAGAAAAGAAAGAUGAAGAAGAAAAACCAAAAGAAGAAGAAAAAGAAACAAACACAGCAAAGAAAGAAGACGAGAAAGCAGGUCUUUCACUAUUCGGUGCAGUUAGUGAUGCUCUUGAACAUCCAUCAGAAACCACAUCCCGCGAAUUCGAACCAUCCAAAUCAGAAGAAACGAAAGAAGAAGAAAAAGAAGAAGCAAAACCAGCUGAACAAUCAGAACAGAAAGAACCAGAAGAAGAAAAGAAAGACAAAGACAAAGACAAAGAAAAUCAAGAAAAGCCAACUCUUUCACUCACAAGUGCAAUUGGUGCAGCACUUGUUCAUCAAACUGAUAAACCAGAAGAAACUCAACCAUCAGAAGAAGAAAAGAAAGAAGACGAAAAACCAAAGGCCGAAGAAGACGAAAAGAAAGAAGAAAAACCUGAAGAAAAAGAAGAUGAUGAAAAGAAGGAAGAAGAAAAUCCAAAAGACAAAGACCUUUCUCUCUCAUCUGCUCUUGGUGCAGCUCUUCUUAACAAACAUGAUGAAGAACCAGAGAAGGCUAAAGAAGAAGAGAAACCAACAGAAGAACCAAAGAAAGAAGAAGAAGAAGAAGUUAAGGAAGAAAAAGUAGAAGAUGAGAAGAAAGAAGAAAAAAAACCAAAGGAAGAAGAACCAAAGAAAGAAGAUCUUUCAUUGGCAACAGCAUUAGGAGAAGCUUUAAUUAACAAACAUGAAGAAGGAGAAGAAACUAAACCAGAAGAAAAGGAAUUAAAGAAGGAAGAAAAAAAAGCUGAACCAGAAAAUCAAGACAAACCUAAAGAAGAUGAAAAAGAGACUGAAAAACCAAAAGAAGAGGAAAAUCCGAAGAAGGAAGAUCUCUCACUUGCAGGAGCUCUUGGUGCAGCACUUCUCCACAAAGAAGAAGAAAAGAAAGAACCAGAGCCACCUAAAGAAGAAAAGAAAGUUGAAGAAAAGCCAAAAGAAGAACCAAAGAAAGAAGAGGAAAAGCCAAAAGAAAACCAAAAGAGGCACCAAAGAAAGAAACAAAGCCAAGCGAGCCAAUCAAUCUCUUUGGAAUGUUUGGAACAAAAGAUACAUCCAAAGAAAACCUCAAACCACAAGAACAUAAAGAACAGCCAAAACAACAAGAAAAGAAACCAGAGCCACCUAAAGAAGAAAAGAAAGUUGAAGAAAAGCCAAAAGAAGAACCAAAGAAAGAAGAGGAAAAGCCAAAAGAAAAACCAAAAGAGGCACCAAAGAAAGAAACAAAGCCAAGCGAGCCAAUCAAUCUCUUUGGAAUGUUUGGAACAAAAGAUACAUCCAAAGAAAACCUCAAACCACAAGAACAUAAAGAACAGCCAAAACAACAAGAAAAGAAACCAGAGCCACCUAAACCACAACAACAUCAAAACAAUACAAAGAAAGAAGAACCAAAGAAGAACAAAUAUGCAGAUGAUGAUGAUCCUGGUCCACUUUCUUUCAUGGAUGUAA